AUGACGCGCGCCCAGCAGACCAUCUCCCUCGCCUUGUUGGUGACUUCGCUCUACCUCUCCCUCUACUUGGGCUUGAUCCCCUUACCAGCUGUUGUUCAGGACGAGAUUAUCCAUGUGCUCCCCUUCUGGUCCCUCGUCACGUUUGGCGCCUGGCUGCUCUUCCGGUUGGGAUGGGGCAUGCUCACCUUCAAGGACACGCCCGAGGCGUACGCCGAGUUGAUGGAGGAGAUUAAGCUGGCCAAGGCGGAUUUGAGGGUUAGGGGGGUGGAUGUUGAUUAA